AUGGGAAACACUCAAGGAAAACAAUCAUUUUAUGAAAAAAAAACAUCUGCGGGCAGAUUGACAAAAAAAUGGAAGAAUCGGGGUUACUAUAAUGGUUCUAUUUUUAAAAAUAGAUAUACGGGCACUCCUAUAUAUCAAUUUGCAGAUAUUUUUGAUCCUGGUACAAAUCUUAUAAGUAAAUCUGAUGAAUGUUAUCCAAAAAAUACUAAACAGAAAAAUGAUGUAUCUUCAAUGUAUUUGGAUACAUCCAAUAUUCGAUUCCCUAUUAACGGAAAAAAGGAAUUUCUUCGAUCUCGAAAUCAAUAUCCUUCUAAAAGAUACAGAAUUGAUCUUUUAAAUUCUAAAACGCCUUGCCACUAUUUUCCAUCAAAAACUCUUCAGUGUCAGAAUUUUUCAAAUACGAUUCCAUGUUCUAAUAGUGUUCGUCAUAAUUCAAUAGUUUCCAAUACUUCUUGCUACAAUUCAUCACCUUUUACUCUAUUAGAUGAAACGUUACCUACAUUGUCGUCUUAUUCUACACGCUUAUCUAACAAGAGAUUAACAUCAUCGUCAAAUGUUGAUUUUGGAUUGAUUUCUCCCGGUGUUUUAAGAGUGGUAAAUGGUAAUCCAUCACCUUGUUCUUCUGAUGAUGAACUUUCGCUACUAUCUUUUUCACAAGGAAGAUCACUACCUUAUACAAUUGAAGAAAAUAAAUUAAAACGUUCAGUUACACCUGAACCAAAAAGAAUAGUAUCUGAGGAUAUGCUUAAACAUACACCAUCUCCAUCUAGUACAACCGAAGAGUUAUUGAAGGAAUAUUAUGACCAUAAAGAUAAAAAUACAGAUGAUUAUUUUCAAACAGAUGGUAAUUCAAAAAUGACACAGUUUAAUCAUAUUCUUGAUAAAAGCAAACAAAGUUCUAAUCCUAUUUUAAAAACAAAAAAUUCAAAGCAAAAUUAUCCAAUCACUUAUGCUCAAGAUGAAAUUAGAAGUAAAUCUUUUUCAAAUCAUACACAUGAGCAUAAAAAUAACAAUUCAAUUAAACAUUUACGAAAAUUAGACGUUCACUCUAAAGCAUUAAAAGAUGAUUCUUUGAAUAUAUUUUCAAAAAUAAAUAAUUCCGAAACUCAUACCAAUGACUUUUUACAAAAAAAAUCUGGCAUUCAAGAAAGAAUAAAUAAUAAUCAACAACAAAUUCACAAAAACACUAAAUCUUAUUUAGUUUAUAAUAAUAUUGAUAUACCAUCAAUUCCUAGUAUACCCAAUCUUUUUGUUUCUGAUCAAAGAAUUGCUAUUUCUGGAUAA